AUGCAGCAGCAGCAGCAGCAGCAGCAGCAGCAGCAAAAGCAGCAGCAACUCGAACACCAGAAGCAGCAGCAAAUACGGCAGAAGCAGCAGAAUCAGCAGCAGCAACAGCAGCGGCAACAGCAACAGCAGCAGCAACAGCAACAACAGCAGCAGCAGCAACAACAGCCACAGCAGCAGCAGCAGCAGCAGCAGCAGCAGCAGCAGGAGCAGCAGCAGGAGCAGCAGCAGCAGCCUCACCUUGAGGGGCACUCCUCUUGCUGCUCGAGCUCGCAUUGCAUCUGCAGCAGCAGAUACAAAACCAACAAUAAAUAA